AUGGACUUUGUAAAGUGGGGCAAAUCCCCUUAUAAGAGACAUGGUGGUGCACCCCACGGUGUCUUACUGGUCGUGGUGGUGGCCCUCAUGUUUGUGGUGUCGUCCCUCGUCGGUGACCGGGGUGAGGCCAUCACUGCUGCCAUCUUCGAGCUGCUAAGCCCUGUGGGCCUUUUGCUCCUCCCCAUCAUCCUCCUCCUAACCAUCCAGUUCCUCUCCUCCAAGUGUGACUCCUUCAUCUUUAGCAUGUUCUCGAUCGACGAGCUCGACACCAUUUACAGGGUUAGCAGUUCACCGAUGGGAGUCGUGCUCGUUCUGAUCAUUAUUUUGUUCCUCCUUUAUAAUUGCGUAUCGAUCUUCAACGGUGGCGAUGAUUCUGGUGAAUAG